AAAAACUCGCCCGGUGCGCCGCUCAUAGAAACUCAACCUGAACAGGUGCAUGUCUCGUAUCCAGGUGUGAAGAACUCGAUGUUGGUCACAUGGUCCACCGCUAAUAAAACCGAGAGCGUUGUUGAGUACGGUCUGUGGGGCGGGAAGCUCUUCAGUCACACGGCGGAGGGAGACGCAAGCGUGUUUAUCGACGGAGGGCCGGAGAACAGAACGAUGUACGUCCACCGAGUCACGCUGACCGAUCUGACCCCAGCGGCUUCAUACGUGUAUCACUGCGGCAGCGACGCCGGAUGGAGCGACAUCUUCUACUUCACGUCUCUGAAUGAAAGCGUGAGCUUCAGCCCCAGAUUCGCUCUGUUUGGUGACAUGGGCAACGAAAACCCUCAGUCUCUGAGUCGACUGCAGAAAGAGACGCAGAUGGGGAUGUACGACGUCAUUCUGCACAUCGGGGAUUUCGCGUAUGACAUGCAUGAGGAUAACGGCCGGAUCGGGGAUGAGUUCAUGCGGCAGAUCCAGUCCAUCGCUGCUUACACGCCGUAUAUGACCUGUCCAGGAAACCACGAGUGGGCUUAUAACUUCUCCCACUACAGGAGUCGUUUCAGUAUGCCGGGACACACGGAGAAUCUGUGGUACAGCUGGAACAUUGGACCCGCUCAUAUCAUCUCCUUUUCCACUGAAGUCUAUUUCUAUCUGGAAUACGGCCUGGAUCUGCUCUUCAGACAGUAUGACUGGCUACAGGCCGAUCUACAGGAAGCGAACCGUCCUGAGAACCGAGCGCAGCGGCCGUGGAUCAUCACGAUGGGACACAGACCCAUGUACUGCUCCAACGAUGACGGAGACGACUGCACACACUUCCAGAGCUAUGUCCGACUUGGACGCAAUGACACGAAACCCGUUGCUCCUGGACUGGAGGAUUUAUUCUAUCAGUACGGUAAGAGGAUUGCGCCUAUGCCAUGUGUUGGUAUUUUAGCAGAUGUGUGGUUUUGUCUUGUUCAGGGCUGUCGAGAGAAACACGACGGCUUCAUCCCUAAACCUCGCGACUGGAGCGCGUUCAGAAGCACGGAUUACGGCUACACACGCAUGCGUCUGAUCAACGGCACGCAUCUGUACCUGGAGCAGGUGUCCGACGACCAGUACGGGAAAGUCAUCGAUCAGAUGAUGCUGGUGAAGGAGAAGCACGGAGCGCACGCCUGGCGCUGAACAUCCAGACGCUCUCGGGAAACGAGACACACUUGAAUCAAACAAUCGAGGGAACGAGGGUCGAAUGUGAUGCUCUCCAGCGGCAGAUCUUCUUCAGACUCCUUCCAGACAGAUUUACUGUAUAUAAAUGAUUAUAUUUUAAUAAGGAGAUAAAGUACUGUAUGUAAUCUACUUGAUUUUUUAAAACCAUGAACUCUGUUCCAAAACCUAGUGAGCUUCCUACUUAGAUUGCAUUUUAACAUUUUAAGUCUGCUACAUUAUGCUGCCUUCUAAGGGGCCGUUCACACACAACACGAUUUUGUGUUUAAAAACAUAAACAUUGGGUUUAAAAAC